AUGCAUCGACCGAGUUUCAACUUUCUACCUCAAAAGUACCAACUGGGUACUGGACCGAGCAUAAACACCAAACCCCUUCAUGCCAGCCAUUCCGUUACUCUAGAUUUCGACAAGAACCCUAUCCUUACCUUGGACUAUGCACGCGAAGUUGCGGGUUUUCCAUACUUCCAAAUCUCAGAUGUAAAGGGCCCAGUGCAGAUCGAAGUUAAGUACACAGAGCAAUUUGAUGGGUUGAACCAUGUCUGGGCCGACGGGCCAUAUUACUUUACAAAUGGACUUUCCAAUUCAUUCAGAGUCGAGACUUUCAACAUUACAGAACCUGGAAAGAUCGAGUCUUACUUUAUCCAAGGAGGACAAAGAUGGCAGUCCAUCAAGGUCUUGACCAAAGGGCACAUCACGCUGUCUGAGGUUGGAUUUGUACCUACCAUCGACCAUGUCGAUCUUGACAACCUUCCUUCUACUUUCACCUGCUCCAAUCCAACAUACAAUGAGAUCUGGAAGCUUGGAGCUAGUGCCGUCUCAGCCGCCUGCUUUGACGCUGGCUCUCAACCCUCCACUUGGGAUAUCACCAAAGAGGGCGCAUACAUCCGCGGUCAGAAGCCCGGUCCUGGCGUGAAUGGAAUCGAUUGGACUGACUACACCAUGACUUUCUCAUCUAAGAUCGUUCGUGGAGGAACUGGCUGGUCUGUUUCUCAACCUAUUUCAGGAACUGGGCUGCUGCUCCUCCUGGUCUCUGAUCUACCGGAUGAGACGACAUUUGUCAAUACUAACAGGACUCUUACUCCGCCAAACUCCAUUGUUGUUGCCUCUGGUUACGGAUUUGUGAAUCAGACCACACUCGACAGCAAGCUCGUUGGAAGCUUCCCGGUCUCUAUCGACAUCAAGGAAGGUGAAUGGUACAAAAUCUCGACCACUCUGCUCUCUCGCUCUCAGCUUUCUGUUGAUAUCGAUGGGACCCAAGUCUUGAACAUCUCACUAGCUGAUUAUGGCGUUCCUGCCGUCAGUGCCGGUGGUUGGGGAUUUGGACCCUACCAAGAUCAAAUCGCGUUAGUGAAAGACGUGACUGUCCACGCCAGCAAUGGCACACUUCUUUACGAGAAUGACAUGCUAUCAUCCUCUAUCUUGUCCGAGUAUGGUGUGCGACAAAAUACGGAGGCCUUGUGCAUGGAUGGAGCGAAGCGAGAUCGUUUGGUCUGGCUAGGAGAUUUCUUCCACACCUCGAGAAUUCUGACUUCGAGCACAUCUCGCUGGGACUACGCCCGAGGAACUUUGAACUACCUGCUUGACACUCAGUUGCCAAAUGGACUUGUCAACAUUGCUCCACAAAUGGGAUACAACAAUUCGUGCUUGAAAGAGGUUCUGUACUCCUACUAUGGCCUGAAUGACUACCAAAUUCUGGGAGUUCUCUCCUUCACCGGGUAUCUCCACAGAAGUGGAGAUCUGAGCUGGGCUCGAGGUGUCUGGCCUUCUAUCCAAAAUCAAAUUUCGUGGAUACUCGGUCAGAUUGACAGCGCUACUCAACUGGUCAACUUUGGUGGAUUCCUCGGCGAUGCAAAGGGUACCGCGAUCAGCGCCGCGCUUGUGCAGGCACUGAGUGAGGCUGCCCUGGUUGCCGACGCUUUGAACGACGCAACGAGCGCAAAAUUAUACCGUGACAAGGCGGCACAAGUAUCCAAAGCCAUCAAUGAACUACUUUGGAAUGGUGAGCUGGGCGUGUAUGUGCGCAGUACCUCAUCCAACACCACUUUUGGAGUGGCAGAUAUUGCUUUCGCCAUCAGCUCCGGUGUUGCCAGUGAGGAACGAGCCGCAUCAUGUCUGGCUAGACUCGCCGAUUUGAAACUUGCUCCCGGCUACAAAGAUAUCUCUACUACCGAUUCCUCUUCUGCCAAUAUUUCUCCGAACACCAAUGGCUUCCUGAUGGUAGCAGCUAUGGAGGCAAAUGACACUGCUGUCGCCAAAUAUCUCCUGGACAACCUUUGGGCAGCAAUGAUGAAUGAUAAAUACGGCACUGGUGCUUCUUGGGAAUAUGUUGCUCAGGACUUGAGCCCUGGGCUUAGCUUGUUCACGUCUCAAAGCCAUCCAUGGGGUGGAGCACCAACCUAUGUUCUGACCGAAUAUAUUACCGGUAUUCGCGCUGUCAUGCCAGGACACAAGACGUGGAUCAUUCAACCCGCAAUCUCAGGAUUUGAUCUUGAUUGGGCUGCUGCAUCUGUCAAAACUCAGUAUGGACAGCUGUCAGUGAAGUGGGAGCUUGGUAAUAAGCUGCUGACUGUGAAUGUCGCCGCACCGCAAGGGACUUCGGGCAGUUUGAGUCUUCCUUCCAGUCUCCAGAUUAAGAGUAUCAAGGUCAACGGUCACAAGAGCCCUUCAGGGAAUAGUGUUUCGCUGCAGGGUGGGGCCACUAUUGUCACAAUUCAACUGAGCUGA